UGUGCAGACACGAGACCGCACCGACAAAACUACAGCUCCCAGAAUUCCGGGCGUGCGGCAACGGAAGAAGCGGCUUAAUUCUGAGCCUUUAUUGGGGAAAGAGGAAGACGUCUAGGAUCGGUUGUGGCGGAGCAAACUGAAUAACGAAACCAAUGAGAAUAGCUUGCUGCUGCCAUGGCGGAGACGGCGGAUUCCUGCUCGAGCAGCGACUCAGAGCCGGAGGGGACCCCCAAGAAACCCCUCAUUAAGCGCCGCCGCCUUUUCACUGACAUGGCUGUCCCCAUGGUCCCCGUCUACUCUAGUAAGGUUCAGAACAGUCUCCAGCUGUUCCCUGAAUCUCUGAAACUUCCAAUUCAAAUUCCUAUGCUGUCUUCCAAGACCCAGGUCCUUGGCACAUCAGAUGAUGAUGAUGAUGAUGUGAAGGAGGAGGCUCCUACAAAGCAAGUGGAGCAAGAAACAAGAUGUCAAGUUCCUUCACCUUCACCUCCACCUCCACCACAGCCAAGGAAGCGGUGCUACAGAGCUCAAAACCUUGAUCAGAAGCUCAGGAAUCUGACGUCCUCCCUCUCAGCUGCCAAGAAGAGCUUACAAGAUGAGGGGUUGGAGGAUGACGUGAUUGUGAUUGAUGCACCUGAGCCCUCCGAGUCUCAGGAUUUAGUGCUGAAGGUCCGGUGUCGGACUGAUCUCUACAGAGUCUCUAUUCGGAUGACCGACCCUCUGCAACGCGUGAUUGAACACAUGGGUCAAAUGUUGAAGGUUCACCCAAACAGAAUACUUCUCCUGUUCCAGGAUCGUGAACUUGCAGCUGAUGCCACUCCCUGUGGGCUGGGGCUGGGUGUGGCUGAUAUCAUUGAUUGUAUAGUGGAGACAAGUAGCAGGGGGAGUGAUGAAGUAGGAAACCUGCAGCUCCGGGUACAAGGGAAAGACAAAAGCUCCCAGAUGGAGAUUACCCUGCAGAGGGGGGAGCCCUUGCAAGCACUUAUGAGUCGUUACCGUCAAGCCCAAGGUCUGGGCAGACGCAAGCUUAUCUUCUAUUUUGAUGGACAGCGUUUGGCAGAAACCUGGACCCCUGAAGAGUUAGGAAUGGAGUCCGGUGAUGUCAUUGAAGUGUGGAGCUAGGAAGCUUUCUGUCUCUUCCCAGAGGCUGUGUUCCUAAGAGGUUUCAUUGUUUCAGCUGGAUUCUGCUCUGACUGGAUUUACCCUGCCCCACUUUACCUGCCUUUAAAUUUUAUUCUGUCUGAUGUUUGACUGUAAGGAGAGCAGCCUAACUUCUCUUGAAACAAACCUGAUGGUAGCAGGGCCUUCUCUGCCUGCUCCAGACACAAGGAGGAAAGACUGUGUUCUACUGUCACCUUCCCCACACACUCUCAAAUAUUUGAAAAUAUUUAAUAAAGGCAAACUUUGUUACUGA